AUGUUGGCACGAUUGUAUCUGUUGAGGCUAGUAACCAGCCAUACCUUUCUAUACAAGAACCUCGAUGAAUAUGGAGCUGAUCAUGAUAAGGAAGUUCUGGACAGAGUUGCUGCACAGGGUCAACUAUUGGCACAAAAUCACCAUAAGAACCCAACUGAAGAAAAUCCUGAGGAGGCAGAUCCAUUAGCUCAAGUUGUUGUUAUACCUGAUUCUGGCAGAAAAAUUGUGUUUGACAAUAUCGAUUACAACCAGAAAGUUCACUACAUGACCGAACAACACCAGAAUGUUGACCAUCAUUAUGUAACAUACAUGAGUGUAGAGAACUGUGUAUCAGGGAACCAUUUAAGUGAUGAACUUCCAACAGGUGAAGUUAUGAAAAUGGAGAAUGGAAAAUGCAUUCCUAGUUCAGCUGAUAAUGUAAAGCAAAGGACAAAUUAUAUUCACCUUGUUGAACGGAUAAUUACAACCAACAUUCCUUGCUUAAAUUCCCUUGCAGAUUUGUGUCCUAUGCACAUUUCUCACCAGUACAAUGCAGAAAUGAAGAAGAGAUCAGAUUCUAUAAGUUACUUUAAUACCAUUAGGGGUAGGCUUUGAGGUAGGUUAGGCAUAUGGGUUAGGGUAGUAUCAGGAUCAGGAUUGAUAUCAGGUUUAGAUUAUCACUAUUAAGUAACAGUUAUACAGUACUACUUAAACUGUCUGCACCAGUGUUGUUAGUACCAAUGUGAAAAUGCUGUGCUGAGUGGUUAUAUUACUACCUUAAAAAAUAAGCAGAAACUCAACGUUUCGAGCGAAGGCCCUUCGUCAAGAGUUAGUGCUACUAACUCUUGACGAAGGGCCUUCGCUCGAAACGUCGAGUUUCUGCUUAUUUUUUAAGGUAGUAAUAUAACCACUCAGCACAGCAUUUAUACAGUACUACUAUAUUUUGUGACUGGCGUGAAAGAAUAAUCACAUGCAUAUAAAAAUACCCUGCUUAACUUAUCAACUAAGUGGCAAUUCCGUUGCUUUUUCAUUGUCUAAUGUGUUAGUCCAAGAGAAGUAAUAUCAAAUAAAAUAAGUGUACAAUAAGCAAAUCAAUAAAAUACAUAUGAGAGCAUUCAUUGUAAUUGUUACAAUAUAGCGUUAAUUUUGUCCUACUUCUGUCUUUUUGCAGGUGUUUUUAGGCAUAUACGAGAACGAAAAUGAUGCUAACAGGAUCAUCAAGAUUCUCCAGCAAUUUCACAAGUUUGUUCCUUGCAAUGCUGAUCAAGAAGAUAAUGUUUAUGGUAAUCAAGGUGUGGUUGGUGAUCAAUUAAGUGUGGAAAGAGCUAUAAAUGGUAAAAUGGUAAAUAUAAAUGAUAAAUCCUUAGCCAAUGGAUUUACUAGUUAAGAGCGUCUAGAAGGAUUGCAUUUUGAAGCAGCUGACUGGCAUGCCGGCAACAAGUUUUUGGAGGUUUGUUGAAUAUCGAAAUAUUGUACCCACCUCGCACAAUGUGUCCCCCAGAUACCAUAUACAUAAUAUUAUACGCGAAGUAUCUCAUGGAGAUUAUUAUUUUUUCAUUUUGGGUGAAACACUGGAUGCGAAAAGCACAAACGCUUGACUGUUAAAAGCUUUCCCUGCCACAACGUUUUGCCACAUAUAAUGAACGAAUACUGUACUGAUUCUAUUUAAUUGCAACCUCUGAUCUAGACUUGCUGAAUUUUAUGUCCUUGUCUACUAUAUAAGAACUAAACCCACUCAUAUUACAGUAUAUAAAAAUUAAAUUAUUUUUAAUUAUUGUUUCAGGUUGCAUUUAAUAACUUAUAUAACAUAUCUUCUUCUGGUGACAAAUGUACUAUGUACAGCGACUGCAAUUUAAUCAAUAGAAGGAAUGUAAAGAGUGAUGUCAGUGCUGCAGAGAAUGCUUGCCGGAGAUUUUUUAAAAUUGAAGUGGAGUCAAGAGUCAUUGCUGGUGCUUUAGCUGUUCUGGAAAUGGACAGUUUAGAUGAAGAUAAAGAGAUCUUCUCUUACAAAGAUGAAACGUCCAAAGAAGAGAAAAUGGAAUUUCUCAGAAAAACAGCUACUGCUGUUGUGGAAAGAUUUGUUAUCGACCAGGAAAGAAAUGAUAAGAUUUUGACAUAUGUGCAGUUGAUCCAGCAAUGCACAGAUGCAAAACGUUCAGUGAAUGGCGAAGGGAGGUAUCCAUGCAGAUACAAGGGCUGCCAGAAAACAUUUGCAUUUGACAGAAAGCACAGAAGGCAACACGAAAUGCAACAUCCUCAACCCGAAGUGAAUGAAUAUGAAAUUGCCAAUGUGAUCUGCGAUACCACAAUUGAUGAAGACGAGCGAGAUGACAUGUUUGCUUAUCAAAGAGCAUUGCUUGAUUAUGGAAUGUUAUUGCUCAAUUUAUGGGAUGGAAUAUCAGAGGGCGAUGGGGAACGUGUGAUAAGGUGUUGGAAAUUUUUCCUUAUGUGUUUGAAGCAUCAAGGAACAUCAGCCAACAAGUAUUCUCUUGAAGCAUUGUAUUUAAUGUUCCAAUUAUAUGCAUUGCUUAGUCCUAAAGAAUCUCAUCACCUGAUUUGGAACAGAUUCGUUAAGAACAAACAUGGACAAUUUGGCAAUAUAUCUUUGGAUUUAAAUUUAGAGUUCAAGAACAAACUGGUCAAGGAAGCCAUAAAACAUCUUGGUCCCAGUGCAAGCAAGAAGUCACUUGAUCGUAUUUGCCAUUCGUUGGGAGUAACUGCUGAUCUAAUGGCGGUUUUUGAUACAAACUUGAGCAUUUAUAAAAAAUCUGGGAAGCAUAUAAAGAAGUCAACCAAGGGAGACCUGGAAAAAGUAGUAAAUGAGCUACUUACACAGAAGGCAUUUUAUCACACACCUGGCAGGGAGUAUACUUUUUAUAAAAAUAUUAAACCAAGCAUUCUAAAUGGUUUUGAUUUGCAUAAAUUGUGUACGUGGAUCAAUGAACAUAAAAAGCAUAUGAUUCUUAAUAGGCAUGCUCGUUAA